GCCGGCGCCGUCACUCCGCUCGCGGCCUCGGGAGAACAAGGGCCCUGCGCGGAGGAGUAGCAGGUUCCGCGGCCGCCGGCGGGAACAGAUGGCGGCGCCGCUCGGCCUCUACCUGCGCCUGGGGCAGUGGCUGCUGCUGCUGCCCGGCCUCGCCCGCGCCUUCAACCUGGACGCGGAGCAGGCGGUCGUGCGGCGCGGCGGCAAGGGCAGCCUCUUCGGCUUCUCCCUGGCCAUGCACUGGCAGCUGCAGCCGCAGGACAAGAGACUGUUGCUGGUUGGAGCACCUCGGGAGAAAGCUUUCCCAGCCCAGCAAGCUAACAGAACUGGAGGAUUAUAUUGGUGUGACAUUAUAUCAGAGACAUAUUGCACACGUGUCAUGUUUGAUGAGAAAACUGACCCAGAGAAAGAAAGUAAAGAAGACCAGUGGAUGGGUGUAACUGUCCGAAGCCAGGGACCAGGAGGGAAGGUGGUGACAUGUGCACACCGCUAUGAGAAAAGACAAUACGUGAACACUCUUCAGGAAACUCGUGAUAUCAUUGGGAGGUGCUAUGUGUUGAGCCAAAAUCUCACGAUUGUGGAUGAUAUGGAUGGUGGAGAGUGGAGUUUCUGUGAUGGUCGAUUGCGAGGCCACGAGAAAUUUGGUUCAUGUCAGCAAGGUGUUGCUGCUACUUUCACCAGAGACUAUCAUUAUAUUGUAUUUGGUGCACCAGGCACUUAUAACUGGAAAGGGGUGGUUCGUGCAGAACAAAAGAACCAGACAUUUUAUGAGCUGAGUAUCUUUGAUGAUGGGCCUUAUGAAGUUGGUGAUGAGGCUUCCCGAGAUGAAAGUCUUGUUCCUGUUCCAGCUAACAGUUAUUUAGGUUUUUCUUUGGACUCUGGCAAAGGUAUUGUGUCUCAGGAGGAGAUAACUUUUGUGUCUGGUGCACCACGAGCCAACCACAGCGGGGCAGUUGUUUUGCUAAGAAAAGAUCCUAGUAUUCAGAGCGCGCUUUCACUUGUGCAUAUAUUUGAAGGAGAAGGGCUAGCCUCUUCGUUUGGCUAUGAUGUUGCAGUUGUGGAUCUCAAUAAGGAUGGUUGGCAAGAUAUUGUUGUUGGAGCCCCACAAUACUUCGAGAGAGAUGAAGAUAUUGGUGGUGCUGUGUACAUCUACAUUAAUCAGAACGGCAAUUGGGAAGGCGUGAAGCCAGUUCGCCUUAAUGGAACUACUGAUUCCAUGUUUGGUCUUGCUGUUGAAAGUAUUGGCGAUGUUAAUCAGGAUGGAUUCCCAGAUAUUGCAGUAGGGGCACCCUAUGAUGGUUCAGGCAAGGUGUAUAUAUAUCAUGGAUCUAAGAAUGGAAUAAAUACAAAAGCAACACAGAUUCUUGAUGGUGAAGAAAAUAACAUUCAAUUCUUUGGUUAUUCUAUUGCCGGAAAUAUGGAUCUUGAUAGAAAUUCCUAUCCUGAUAUUGCUGUUGGGUCACUUUCAGAUUCUGUAUCUGUUUACAGGUCUCGGCCUGUUAUAAGCAUUAAGAAAACAAUUAAGAUAUUGCCUGACAAAAUUGACUUAAACAGAAGAACCUGCCCUGAACCCAGUGGAAUCUGCCUGAAUGUUGAAGCAUGUUUUGAAUAUACUGCUAGCCCCCAAGAUUUCAAUCCAAAAAUAAAACUUAACUAUACUUUUGAAGCAGAAAAGGAUAGGAGGCGCUUAGGUCUACCUUCCAGAGUACACUUUCCCAAUCAUCCAUCUGAUCAGCUUACUGGGAGUAUAAAACUACAAGGACAAAAUACAAGGGAGUGUGUGAAAACAUCUCUUGUACUCCAGGAAAAUAUCAAAGAUAAACUACGUCCCAUUCCUUUGUCAGUUGAUGUUAAAAUCAGUGGCUCAGACUCUGGCUCACAAUCCAGGAGAAGACAAGGAAGAGCACUUCCAGAUCUUGUUCCAGUUCUAAAUUCAAAUGAACCAGAAACAGUGAAGGCAGAAUUCUUAAAAGAAGGAUGUGGAGAAGAUAAUAUAUGCAAUAGCAAUCUAAAACUUCAGUACAGAUUCUGCACCAGAGAAGGAAAUGAAGACAGAUUUUCUUAUUUACCAAUUGAGAACAGUGUCCCAGUGCUUGUCCUGAAAGAUCAGAAAGAUAUUGCACUAGAAAUAACGGUGACAAAUAAUCCAUCAGAUGCAAAAAAUCCCAAGAAAGAUGGUGAAGAUGCACAUGAAGCUAAACUAAUUGCAACUUUUCCAGACAGUUUGACUUACUCUACAUUUAGAGAGCUGAGGGCUUAUCCGGAAAAACAGUUAACUUGUGGUGCCAAUCAAAAUGGUUCUCAGGCAGAGUGUGAACUUGGAAAUCCUUUCAAAAGAAAUUCCAAUGUAACCUUUUAUCUGGUUUUGAGUACAACUAAAGUUAAUGUUGACACAACUGACUUGGACAUUACGUUAGAGUUAGAAACAACAAGUAAUCAAGUUAAUUUGGUUCCAAUUACUGCUACUGCUAAAGUGGUUAUUCAGUUGCUUUUGUCAGUUACUGGAGUUGCGAAGCCUUCCCAGGUAUACUUUGGAGGUAACAUCAUUGGUGAGAGUGCUAUGAAAUCUGAGGAUGAUAUUGGAAAUCUAAUAGAAUAUGAAUUCAGAAUAACUAACUUGGGUAGACCACUUAAAACAUUUGGUACAGCUUCAUUGGACAUCCAGUGGCCUAAAGAAAUCGAUAAUGGCAAAUGGCUGCUGUAUUUGAUGAAAGUAGAAUCCAAAGAAUUGGGAAUAAUCCCUUGUGAACCUCGGAAUGAAAUAAACUAUUUGCAACUCAGAGACUCCCAUAACUCAAGGAGAAAACGUGAGAUUGCAGAGAAGCAGAUUAAUGAUGGCAAGAAGUUUUCUUUGUUUUCAGAAAGAAAAUACAAAACUCUGGACUGUAGGGGGAGUGCACGCUGUGUGAACAUAAAGUGUCCAUUGCAAGGCUUGGACAGCAAGGCAUUGGUCGUAUUGCGUUCAAGACUGUGGAAUAGUACUUUUCUAGAGGAAUAUUCCAAGCUGAACUACCUCGACAUUGUUGUUAGAGCUACAAUCAGUAUUCCUGCUGCAGCAGAAAAUGUUAAGCUCACAAAUGAGACAGCUCAGGUACGUGUUACUGUCUUCCCUGCAAAGACUGUAGCACACUAUACAGGAGUGCCUUGGUGGAUCAUUUUAGUAGCUAUUCUUGCUGGAAUACUGAUGCUUGCACUGUUGGUGUUUUUGCUAUGGAAGUGUGGAUUCUUCCAACGCUCCAGGUACGAUGACAGCGUCCCCCGCUACCAUGCUGUUAGAAUUCGGAAAGAAGAGCGUCAGAUCAAAGAUGGAAAAUAUAAGGAUGAUCAUGAGAAAAAACAAUGGAUUACAAAAUGGAGUGAAAAUGAAAGUUACUCUUAGGGAAAACUUCCUCCCACUAAAUAUAUUUUAGCAUCUUCAUUAAUGAAAUACUGAUGGCUCGAGACCUACAUACAAUAUGGACCUGUAUUUUUGAUUGUAGAUAUUGUUACUUAUUCUGAGGAUUUUGUUUUGCACAACUAAAAUUUUAAGACUGCUUGAACUGAUUUAUCUGCAUUAUUUAAAAUUUGCCUCUAUGACUAACUCACACUUAUAAACAGCAUAUUGAACUGACUCUUCUAUGAAGUAUGCACAUCAGUGUACAAUACGGACUUCAGCAUACUUGAAGUCAGUGAGUGUGCAAAGAAUGUAAGAUCAGAUGCAAAAUAUCAUCUCCUUCCCCCUCCUUAUUGUGUGUAGCCUGUUAUAUAUCCUGUGGUCUUUAAACACUUUUUCAAGUAGAAUCUGAAGUCUGCAGCUACAGCAAUUGGGGCUUAACCUAAAGUGUAGUCUGAAGUUGAACAUACAAAUGUCAUGUUGCUAUAAUUUUUCUAAUAUGGGGGGGGGGGGGCGUGUGUAGAUGAAACGGGGGACCUCAAUUGAAGCGGUGGGUUCUAAAAAACACCACUUCAAUUUAGGGAUGAUUGAGCCCAUGUAUCGUGUACACAUCUUUGCUGCCUCUCCUACGGGGAGGGGAGGGCAAGCUGCCGGUGGGCAGAGCAGUCCCUGGGCUGCAGAGAGGGGCUAGUGCUUCUCUCUGUGGCAGCCCCCCGCCCCUCCGGGCAGCACCCAUCUGCAGGCACCUGGCUUGGGCAGUCCUGGGGGGCACUGCAGCCACAGAGGGAAGCACCAGGCCCCCAUGCAGCUGAGGCAGGUAGGCAGGCUCUGAGGGGGAGUGGGGAAAGAUUAGGCUUGCCACUUUUCUUGGGCAGAGCCUGCUUUCCCAGGCUGUCUGCAGGGCUUCCUGCAGAGCUGUGGACCUGCACAGAGCCCAGUGCUUCACUCUGUGACUGUAGGGGCCGCAAACUAAAACUCCUUGAAGGAGUUUUAGUUUCCUGCGCCCUGAGUUAUUUAAGGAGCAUUACGCUGCCGAAUUUCCUACAGCAGCUGGAAUUAAUGCACAAUACACCACUGAGGGGUGCAAACACUCACACCAUUAAACAAGUGCAAAAGCAUUUAGCCUGCUUUAAAGUGUUGUGCACACAUGCCUCUCAUUUCGUCUACACGUGGCCAGUUGUAAGAACCUUGCUUGCACCAAAUUACUAAAUACAGGUUUUAAAAAAAAGAGGCUUGAAUACUAGAUGUGUUUUGUAUAUAUUUUAGUCGUUCUUUUAUUUAUUGUUGUUUAAAAACCCUUUAUCUGACUAACCCAUAGGCCAAAGACUACUUAAUCAAACCUCCAAAUUGCUAGGUUUUUUUUUUAGACUUGGAGCUUUUUAGGGAUCUUUUAAAAAGUGGUAAAAGUGCCAAUGCUUUAAGUGUAAAUUUCAAAUCACUGAUACAUUUUUUUUUAAAUGUAAACAUUUAUUCCACCAGUUUGUGUGGAUCUUUUUUCCUUGUAUAUUUGUUUAUGCAGUAGGAAUUAGCAUGGUCCUGUAAAAUAAUCAGUGUAAUAAUUCAGAAUACCUAAAGUUUAUAUGGGUUUUUUUUCUAUACAGUUUUUAUACUUAAUGCAAAAAGUCACAGGUGCUCUUGGAAAUAAUUUUCCAGCUCUAUAAGGAUUGCAUAUUUGGAGAAAGGUGUCUACUACUGCAAAUACUAUAUAGCACUUGAAAGAGAGUAAGCUCCUAACUUUCCUUAGCUGUGGAUCUGCACUGAUCCACAUUGAAACUACUGACUUAAGAAUACUGUUACAAUAAUUCUGUUCAGUAUCCUGAUUUAUAACAACAUAAACGAUAGCUAUUUAAAGAGAUUUUUGAGUUUUUUACCUAUGUUCUAAAAUACUGGUACUAUUUAAAUAAGAAUCAAGAUCUAGAUCUCAGCUGUUUAUUCCUUAUGACUAAUACUGACUGGUAUCAGUGUGCUGACUUUUUUUUCCCCCCUUUUGGGUAGUGAUGAGACCUAUGCAAAAGUUAAAUAACCUUUUUCCAGGGCCAAAGCCUUCUAGCUGUACCUCCUCCUAACAGGCCAUUAGCUCUAAGAGAGGGAGUAGGGGUGACUGUAAGCUAUAGGGGUGACUGUAAGCUAGAUGUGAUCACUAACUGUUGUGUGGUGUGUUUGAUAUCUUCAGACAGUUCUAUAGCCCUUACUCGUAAGAAGUGUUAUUUUUAGAAACUGCAUUUAUUUGUAGAUUGAGAAGUCCUAAAUGUACAACUUUCCUCUUUAGCCCUCUCUUAAAUCUUUUUCAAAUUACCAUAUUUCCUUGCAUACCACAUUUCCCCAGAUAAAAUAUGCACCUUGUUUUGGGAAGGCAGAGUGAAGAAAACAACUCUUCCAAAGUAACAGCUGAAUUGAGGUUGUAUGGACCAGGGACAGUCUGUUCUUCAACACCACUCACUCUCACCUUGCAAGCUUGACAGUUCAAGUUUUAACCCUGUCACAGCUGCUAAUGGGGUUUGCAAGGAAAGAGUGAAUGACCUGUGAAGCAGACUUGGCCGCUCUUCCACAUGGCUGGGAAGAAAAGGCAGCACAGCCCAUGGCAUUCGUUGUAGCAUCUCCAUUGCAGCAGGGAAAUCCAGCUUCUUUACUUAAAACAUAUAUCUCAGUUGGGGAUGGCUAAGUUUUUUGGGAGGAGGGAUGCUAUACAAGUAAGACGGACAUAUUUUUGUGGCCCUGAUCCUGCAAACACUCAUGUGUUAACAUUUUGGAACCGGGACCUUUUAAAUCCAUAUCCCUAAAAUGAGGGCUGUGACAAUUUUUAAAUCCCUGUUCCUUUGCUGACUGGGCCAUACACCUAAGCAACUGGAUUUGUAUCCAAAAAUGUCAGUUUCUCAACAGUUGAUUCUGUUUCUAGUCCUUCCAGUUAUGAAGGGGAUAGGGUUGUGAAUGUGAUAUUCUCAUACUAGAGCAAAACAAACAUGAAUGUUGUGACUGUUUAAUGUAAGGCUGUCAAAAACAUCUCAAGUCAUGUCACUGGUUUACUUCCAUCUUGUAAACACAUUUUUAUAUGAACUAAAAAUGCUAAAUCAUUCCAUAAUUGGAUGUUACCUGUGGAUAUUUGUAUACAAGUGUGAACAUUUUUUAAAUAAAUGUUUAUUGCCUUGGUA